UCGUUGGUGAAUUAAAUGCUAUUCUAAUUAAAAGAAAGAAAGUCAAAAGGAAAUAUACUUUAUAUUCAUUACAAAAAGACUUGUGUACAAAUAUAAAAAGCGUUACCAACAUUCACUCUAAUACAUUUUUUUUCAACACUCUUUCUUUCGUCCGAGAAAAUGAUGGGUGAAGAGAGGGUAGCGAGGCGACAGAUUGGUAGGAAAGGAAGCAUGGCACGAACAUGGCUGAUGAUGAGCAGUGAGGGGCAGAGACAGAUGGUGGAGGCAGGGAGACAGUCGAUAAUGCGGCGGACAGGACUAACAGCUAGGGACCUUAGGAAUCUUGAUCCAAUGUUGUCUUACCCUUCAACAAUUGUGGGACGUGACAAAGCAAUGGUCUUAAACUUGGAACAAAUAAAGGCUAUCAUUACUGCUCAUGAGGUUCUUUUGCUCAAUUCUAGAGAUCCUUCUGUUAUCCCUUUUGUUGAUGAACUUCAUGCAAGGAUUCUUAAUCAUCACUGUACUGCUCCUACUACUGAUCAUCCUCAGGAGGGUCAAAAUGGGAAGGAUCGAAGUGAAAUAAAGAGAGAUAGCAGUAACAAUGUGAAGAUUCUUCCAUUUGAAUUUGUUGUAUUGGAGUCAUGCCUCGAAGCUGUUAUUAGUUCCUUAGAAAAUGAGGCAAAUAUAUUGGAAUUGGAGGCUUUCCCAGCCUUAGAUAAGCUAACAUCAAAGAUUAGUACUCUUAAUUUAGAACGAGUUCGCCAUAUUAAGAGUCGAUUGGUUGCCUUAACUUCUCGUGUUCAAAGGGUAAGGGAUCAACUAGAAAACUUGUUGGAUGAUGAUGGAGAUAUGGCUGAGCUAUAUCUGACAGACAAGUUGGCUCAACAGCAGUUUGAAAUUUUUUCUGCUGCUUCAUCCAUCAAUAAUAAUGGGGAUGACAUGACGGCGAAUCAAGUUCUUCAACAAGAUAUAGUUGACAGGACUCAUCCUGAAAUAUCAUUGGAACCAGUAGAAGAUUUAAUUGAUGGUGAAGAUUAUGAAAAUGUUGGUGGUGAAAUCUCUGGAACCCAAGCUGCUACUGUCUAUAGUGGUGUACCAAAUGUUCAGGAACUUGAGAUGCUUUUAGGAGCAUACUUUGUCCAAAUUGGAGCCACAUUGAACAAAUUAUCUGCGCUAGCUGAAUAUGUCGAGGACACGGAGGACUACAUAAACAUUACAUUGGAUGACAAACAGAACCGUAUUCUACAAGCAGGAGUUCAGAUAGGCACAGCAAGUGUGAUUGUGAAUUUCUUUGUUGUUGUGACAGGUAUUUUUGGAAUGAAUAUUCACAUUGACCUAUUUGAAGCUAAAGCGAAUUCAGCAUUCUUGGAGACAGUUUUUGGAUGCACUGCUACUUGCAUAAUCUUAUACUUCCUUGCCAUGUUUUGGUACAAGAAAAGGCGCAUACUGUAAUACUUGGCUAGGGAACAGCUGUGAUUAAUUACUGUGUAUAACUGUGUGCUUUUUUAGCAGCAGCAGCAGACCUGGAUCCCUUGAUUAGGACACAUUAUGUUUCAGAUAGAUAUAUGUAUAAGUUUUAUAUUAUUAUGUAGACCUCAAAUUUUAUAAAAGUUGGAUGGUUUUAA